UCUCAUUGCGAAGGAGGGUCGUCCCUUUCCCUUUGGCCCUCCGGGAAGCAAAGGAGGAGGAGGAGAUCCGCAAGGCAGAGGGCGGCGGGGUGGGUCUGAGCCGGACGUCGAGGAGAGCAGAGAAGGAGGCAGGGGAGGCGGUGGCGGGUCUCUCCUUUUUCCCUCCUUUGCGGAUGAGUCAGGUAUUUCUCCCCCGAGCUCCAUGGAGAAGGCGCAGAGCAGCGUCGGCGCGGAGGGGAACAACAACAACAGCGGAGGAGGAGGAGGAGGCAGCAACAGCAGCAGCCGGAGCAGCAGCCGGGCCCCUUCCGCGGGAUCCUCUCCGUCCUCUUCGGCCGGGAGAGGGCUGCCCAACCGGAGGGCCGAGGGAGGAGGAGGAGGCGGGAGUGGGAGCAGCCCCGGUUCGGCUGCAGCCAGCCCGGGGGCCAGGAGGACGGAGCCGGCGCUGGAGGGCAGCCUCAGCAAAUACACCAACCUGCUCCAGGGCUGGCAGAGCCGGUACUUCAUGCUGGAUUUUGAAACUGGAAUUUUACAGUAUUUUGUGAAUGAACAAAGUAAAAACCAGAAGCCACGAGGGGUGCUGUCCUUAGCUGGGGCUAUAGUUUCCCUCAGUGAUGAAGCCCCGAACAUGUUGGUGGUAUACUCGGCUAAUGGAGAAAUGUAUAAACUGAGAGCUAGUGAUACAAAGGAGAGGCAAUACUGGGUGACUCAGCUGCGAUCUUGUGCCAAGUACCAUACAGAAAAUAAUUUAAAGAGCACUCCAACCUCACGAAUGAAAAGCUUAUCUCUGUUGCCUCUUGGAACAAUCAACUCCACAUCUCCCAGUUUUCAGAAAAACCUGAACCAGAGUGGGCCACCCGUUGUCACCAUUACACAUCACAAAUCGCCUGCAGCAGCACGAAGAGCCAAGAACCAGUGCCCUGGCCAGCUUCAUGAAGUCAGAGAGAUCAUGAGCCAAGUGGAGGGACAACAAAAGAACCUUGUGCAAGCCAUUGAAUCCCUCCCAGGUUCUGGUCCUCUUUCUGCCUUGGAUCAAGACUUACUGCUAUUAAAAGCUACCUCUGCCGCCGCCCUCUGCUGCCUUGGAGAAUGCCUGCAUUUGCUACAACAGAGCAUAAACCAAGUGAGCCCGCAUAGUAACAGGACAUUGCCUUCAGAAAACAUUCUAGGAUGGCAUGGCCCAAAGUCAAAUUCCACAGAGCCACUGAAAAAUGGUGCUCUUAGUUCUUUGACAGCCUCCAGUACCAAUCUGACAUGGUCGAUAGUACCAGGUACAGCACAGAAUGAACAAAUGCAGACAACUGAAGAGUGUUCAGCUUGUGAAUUGGUCUUGGUUGAAGAUGAGAUGACAGACACUGAAGAUAAUGAAGAGGAUGAGUUAGGAGUCAGAGAUGAGCAACGGAGCAUAAUUAUUCAUCUUAUCUCACAACUCAAACUUGGAAUGGACCUCACAAGGGUAGUCCUUCCAACAUUUAUUUUGGAGAAGAGGUCCCUUUUGGAGAUGUAUGCCAACUUCUUGGCCCACCCAGACAUGCUUCUGUCGGUUUCAUCUGGAGCAACUCCAGAGGAGAGAAUAAUUUCCUUUGUGGAAUAUUACCUAACUUCUUUUCAUGAAGGUAGAAAAGGAGCAGUUGCCAAGAAGCCCUACAAUCCAAUUAUUGGGGAAACUUUUCAUUGCUCUUGGGAUGUGCCUAAAGACAAAGUGAAACCGUUUAGAACUACCAGUGCCUCUCCAGGACCUAAGGGUCCGGCUUCAUCUGAAUACUACAAACUGAGAUUUGUGGCUGAACAAGUAUCCCAUCACCCACCAGUAUCUUCCUUUUACUGCGAGUGCAAGGAGAAGAAGAUGUGUGCAAAUGUUCAUGUAUGGACUAAAAGCAAGUUCAUGGGGAUGUCAGUAGGUGUUUCUAUGGUAGGUGAAGGAGUUCUUCAUGUCAUGGAGCAUGGGGAGGAGUAUGUGUUCACGCUGCCUUGUGCCUAUGCGCGCUCUAUACUUACUAUUCCAUGGGUGGAGCUUGGAGGGAAAGUCAACAUUCAUUGUGCCAAGACUGGCUACUCAGCUAUUGUCACGUUCCACACCAAACCUUUCUAUGGGGGAAAAGUGCACAGGGUUACAGCAGAGGUGAAGCAUAACUCAACCAACACCAUUGUGUGUAAGGCACAAGGAGAAUGGAAUGGCAUACUAGAAUUUACCUACAGCAAUGGGGAAACCAAAAUAAUUGAUACUACCAAGCUACCCAUAAUUCACAAGAAGAUCAGACCAACAGCAAAACAAGGACCAUUUGAGUCGAGGCAUCUCUGGCAAAAAGUCACCAAUGCCUUGAAGGAAGGCAACAUUAAUUUAGCUACAGACCAUAAGCGUUUCCUUGAGGAGAGACAGCGAGUAGAGGAGAGGCAGCGAGCCGCAAGCAAUACACCCUGGAAGCCAAAAUAUUUUAUCAAAGAGGGUGAUGGGUGGAUAUACUUUGAUCCCCUCUGGAAGACUCGUUGAUAAAAGUCACCUGGACUCAUAAGAAGCCUGUUUUCUAAAGGCAUUAAAAAGAUGCACUAUUUAAA